GAGAAAAAUCUAGACAAAAGGACCAACCCCCUAGAUGAAUGAUGGUUGAUGAGGUCAAAGUCUUGUAGACUGCGUGUUUCUACGAUACGCGCGAUUUUUUUAUUUCAUUAACGAAGUCGUAUUUUCACACCAAACGAUUUUAAAACAUACCCAAAACACGCUCUAAUCUGCCUCGAAGCCCCAAAAACUCACUGGUAAAAUUACACUUGAAUUCAAAGAAUUAUACAGCCUUUGGGAAGAAAAUGCAAUUGAUAACUCCGAUUCGUGUGACCAUUCUAUAAUCAUAUAACAUCUAAACGCCUUCAAGAUGGAUCCAGCAAGAAUGAAACCCAAAUAUUUCUACCAAUUUAGGAUUAUUUUAAUAGGGGAUAGUACAGUUGGGAAAUCGUCAUUGCUCAGACAAUUCACGGAAGGGCAGUUCUUCGAGAAUUCUGAUCCAACCGUCGGGGUUGAUUUUCAUGUACGAGUCCUCGAGCUAAAAGGAGAUGUUCGCAUAAAGCUCCAAAUAUGGGACACAGCAGGCCAAGAGCGCUUCCGUUCAAUAACUUAUUCAUACUAUCGAAACACUGUUGGAUGUUUGAUUAUCUAUGAUAUAACCAAUCGCGACUCGUUUGUCAAUGUCAUGGACUGGUAUAAGGAGGCCAAGCAGUGUGUUGAGGAAGCUGAAGUUGUCUUCAUGUUAGUUGGACACAAAAUUGAUAAGGAAUCAAAGAGAGUUGUCUCCACAGAGGAAGGAGAGUGUUUUGCUGAGGCACAUAACAUGAUGUUUAUAGAAACUUCAGCCAAAGUUUUAUGCAAUAUUGAGGAGGCUUUCAUUAGUGUUGCCGAAGAAGUUUACAAACGCAUGGAAAGAGGAGAAUUAGGACUGCGCGAUGGCUGGGAUGGAAUUAAAGCCCUGCCCAUGCGACCACAUGACAUACUGGGCAUUAGUCAUGCGUUAUCAGCCGAAGACUUGAUUGAACAGCAGUCGGAUUCUAAAAAGUGUUGUUCAGCUUAAUAUUCAAAGUACUUACUUUUGAAUCCAUUGUAUUGUGACGCUGGAUUUUUCAAAACAUCGAUUUGUUUUUGUCUUUUGGGAUUUUCUGUUCUGCCAGUGAAAUUAUUCUAAGCCAAUCAGAUUUUUGCCAUCUCUGGCCAGAGGAUAGCCAGGGAAGUGCACAAAGCAAGACUCUGAUUUGCUUAGGAUGGUUUUACUGACGGAACAGAAAAUAAAAACACAUCAUGUUUUGAAAACGAGGGUCACGAUACAACAGUAAAAUGGAUUAGAUAUGUUGAGUUUGCCAUUUCUUUUUCAUUAGGUCCUAUAUUCUGUUAUGUUUAGGGCAGAAUUUUAGGGGUGUAUCCAGAGGAUUGGGUCUGAACCCACUUUAUAGAUAAAGUAGGUAAAAAAAAUGAAAUCGAUUAGAAUAUAAGAACAUUAAUUUCCAUUUUAAAACCAUUCCAAGGUCGGGGAGUUACUGCUAGACCCCACCCUGCAUUUUUUUCAGGACACGUUCCAUCCAUUUGAUGGUUUUUGGCAUCCUCCUCAGGUGUAAAAAAACAGAAUCAUUAACCUGGUUCCAGAGCCUCAAAUGUCUCUAUUUAGUGGUCAGCGAAAUUGCAACCUGCUGGCCUGAGAGACGUAAGGGGGUAUCAUAACAUUGCCAGCAUCACAGUUCUGAGUUACCAUUAUGAGUAGAAUGAGUUGUGUUGAAUCAUGAUCUCCAUUUCAUGGAGAGGUAAAAUUACUCCAUGCAUGACUAGCAUGCUAAAAAUUGUCAGUGUCGAUAUAUUUAAAAAUAUGUUAUUAGUGUAAAUGACAAAUACAAAAACUUGGAUAAAUCACGAUUGGUUCACUUGCCAUAUUGGGUAUUGGCGGUUUUGCCAUUUUCACUGACAAUGUGUUUUUUUAAUAGGUGAACUUUUUAAUUGCUGAAGUUAAUUUUCUUUGUUUUUACUUGUAAAAAUACUGGAAGAUUCAGUAGAAGCUUUUGAGGUCAAACUUUUGGUGGUGGUUUUAUUUCUUUUGUUGUUUUCUAAAGUAUUUUAAAAAGUACUCAUUCUAUUUAAAUUUUUUACCUGCUAUGUUUCUUAUCAUUUUUUAAAUAAGCAGAAAUGAAGACAAAAUACCUUUGAAAAUAAGAUAAUGCCACACCUAAAUACUAUACAAUCCCGGCCGCACCCAAGGGGGGUGGGUGCAAGGUGUUAUAAAUCUAUAAGUCAAUUUUUUUUUGUAGCCAAAUGUUUUAUUUUCUUUAUCUAAAAAUGUAUUAAGUAAAUAUAAAAGAACAGAACUGGU